UUUGCUGGUGCAGGCAGGUGGAGCAUCGUGUGGAAUCCAAUACGCAUUGGCACUAAUUUACUGCUAUUCUCCCUCUUUCGGUUGGUUAUCGAUGCAUAAGUGAUGUGCACGCUCUUCCAUACAAGGAUCAUCCCUCCAUCCAUUGGGGUCAAGGUUUGUGGGAAAGACCCCAGCAUUUGGCGAGCUCAAACAAAUGGCGAAGCGAACUCCAUUCAUCGAAACCUCAGGUGUACAUCACCCCCGGGACGGUAUCUCGUUGCUUUUGGCGCUCAGCCUUGCACCUCUUCGCAGCCUCCUCCCUUUCUGGCGUCCAUGUAGAUAUCAAAUAUUGUAUCGUGACUCCAUAUCCCAGCCCUACUCGUAUUGGACAAGACAGGAUGCCUACAUGUAUGCCAGGAAUGAAGUCAGACACUCACGCAACGAGGGCGAUGCAUCAAUCCUGGUCCCUACCCACCUUCUCCCACUCUCUUCCAACGAUCUAGCAACUCGGCAGAACCUCGUCACCAUCCAACAAUCUCUACAUGUACAAUCAUUCACGCCUCCCCUCCAACCAAUGACUGGCAGCAUCAAUCGAUGCGCUCGGUCGGCGGCCCAAAAAUGCAAACCUGUUGGGGUUCUACGAGUCUCGCCUUGCUUUCUCUCCUGAAAAGGAGUAUGUUUUUUGAUGUUUUGGCACGUCCCGGGUUCGAGUCUGGGUUGCUGCUCGCCUUUUUUGGUGUCUGCUGUGAAUGGCAGGGGGCCCUAGAACUUGUCACUGGAUAAGACGAAUGCACGACCUAUGAGUGAGAAGACUCCACUUUC